AUAAAAAAAGCUUAACAAUUUAAAGUAAAAGAAAAUCAUUCAAGAAUUAUCAAGCUAUAUAGGAAACAAUUAAUUAAAGUUAUGAACUAAGAGAUAUUGAAUUAGUUCACAGUGUUAGCGAACCUUCCUGGAAAUUAAUCCUACUUACUUUCUCAUAAAGAGACAAAUGAAAUAUUUGUUUUAAAAACUGUCUUAUCAAGACUCAGCUAUGAUGACUAGGUAAGGGCAUUAUAAAAAAGAUAUAAUGAACUUUAGUAGUGCUAAAAUCUUUGUAAAAUCUGCUAUUAUCAAAUAGAAAAACCCUCAAACAUUAGUAUUUUAUAUCAAGAACCUAAAAUUAACUUUAGGAAAGAAAUAUCUGCAAGAAUGCUUAAAAAGUAAUUUUGGAAUUCAGAAGAAUUGCUCAAUACAUUUUGGCAUACUUUGGUAGCAUUAAAUAAUUUUCAUUAUAUUGGUCUAUUUCAUGGUGAUAUCAGGGUUAAUUCUAUUGCCUGCAAAUCAGAUGGCUCAAUUAUUUUGUUAGAUUAGUUUUGCACAGGAAAUGCUUAUUACAAAACUAUAGAGGAUAUAAUUGCAGACCAGGAUGGGUUUCUGUCUCCAGAGUUCUUAGACCCAAAUUAAGAAUUAGUUUUUACUACAAUAGAAAAUGACGUUUUCAGCUUAGGUUUAGUCUUUUUUGAAGCUUGUACAUUAAAAAAAAGCAGAGAUAUGUAUGAUUGGUAAUAAAGAACCUUUAAUUAUUAAAUAUAUUAAGAAAGAUUGCUAAAUAUUGAACUACUUUAUGGCAAAGAACUAGCACAAUUUUUAUCUUAGAUGACUGAUUUCUCUAUUCAAUCAAGAAUUACAACAGAAGAAGCAUUAGUUGAAAUAUCUUAGCUGAAAUCGAAACUAAUUUAAAGAGAUAUUAAAGUGAAUGAUUCUUGCCAAACAAACUCUUAAAGAUAAUAAUAAGCUAAUUAGUUAGCUUAAUCUCAUUUUAGCCACUAGCAAUAAUAUUAUCCUCAUUACUAAGAUUAAAGCAAUGUCUAAGUGAAUUCUGUUGUAUCAGCUGUUGCAAGUGCUACAAAUAACCCAAAUAUAAACUAUAACUCAAAUAAAUAUUCUGGAAUCAGUUUUGAUAAUGGCAUGAACUCAUAGAAUUAUGACACAGCGUAUAACAUUCCUAUAGAUAGAUAAAUACAAAGUUCUUUUCAAUAAAAAUAAUAAUUCAAGCUGAACAUAAAUUACAAUAAUUAAAAUAAUAAAUAAUCUAAUCUGCUCAACAGCAAUGAAUAAAACAGUGGAAAAUUAUCUCAGUUAUUAACAAAUGAUACAAUUAAAGAUAAUAGCAAAAAUCAAGAGAUUACUCAGUUUGAAAAUUUGAGUAUUUCUGAUAACUCUGUAAGCAUACUUUCAUUUGAAAACACAAUGUGUUCUCAUCAAGAAGAUAGCAAUGCAGAUAAAAGGAAAUAAAUUCCUCAUUAUAAAAAAAGCGUUUUCAAAGUUAAGAACAUGAUUAAUGCUCCUCCUCCUCAAUAGAAUUAGUUGUUGUAAAAUGAGAAAGAAAGUAGCGUGUUCUACAUAGUAGAAGAAGAAGAAGCCAUAGAUAAACAAUUAAUUUAAAAAACAAUGGUGAAUAGAAUAGAAAAAGAAAAAAGAGAGCUAGCGCAGACUUAAAAUUCAGAUGCUAACUAGUUCUUAAAUUAUGCCUAGUAUUGUUAGAUGCAAGAAAGGCAAAAAAAUUCUUUGUUUGUUCAAAACAACUAGAUUUUUUAAUAGUCUUAAUUAUACUAGCGCUAAUCAUUAUAAUCUUCAUUAUCAAAUUAAUAAUAAACACAAAAUUAAUUAAAUCAUCCUUUUUAGCAGUAAUAAGAAAUACAAUAAUUAAACUAACAAACUUAAUAGUAAAAUUAUAAGAAUUAGUGCUUUGAUUAACAGUAAAAAGAAUUUUAACAAUCUUAGAUAGUAAAUAAAAUCCCAGCAAAUCCUCGCUCAUAAUAAGUUAGUAUUCAGGUUAGAAGAAAUUCUGCUUUUUUGCCAAACCAACAAAUUAUAAAUUAAAAAGAAAAUAUCAACUAAAAUGUUUGCUAAAUUAUAGAUGAUUAAGGUAUAGCUGAUGGAAGCUAGCAAGCAAACUACAUGAUACCUGAUUAGUUUACAAACUGCAAAAACGUUUACACUAGAAAGAUAAGAGGAUUGAAUAAAUCUGUAGAUAUGUCCAAAGCAAUCUAAUUGGUAAGUAAUUAACAAUAAAUUAUAAACAAUGCAAACCAACAAAACUUCAUCACAAGCUGCAAGUACUCAAACAAGCAAGAGAUAACUUUCCCAUCUAGUGUUUUGAAUAGCAGCAACAGCAGCAUAAACCCAACAAAUAAUUAAUAAAAAGAAUGUGAAGGAAUCAACAUUAUUUCUUAUGAUAUAAUGAAUAUGCAAUCCCCAACAAAUAUAAUUACUAAAAAUGAAAAACAAGGCAUUCAAACGUUAUUUAAAAGAAAUUAAAAUAUUUUCUCAUCCAAGCUUACAUAAGCAAAUAACAAUCUAAAAGAAUUCGCUUCUGCCCACAACUCUCAGACAAAUAAUAAACCAAAUCCUAAUAAUAAUAAUAAUAAUAAUAAUAAUAAUAUGUAUAACCCUAUUAAUAACGAAGAAUGGAAUUAUCCUACUAACAGCUAAAGAUUUGCAUAUAUAUAAAUUAAUAAAUGA